AUGAUGACUGCCUCUCAACCCACCGCCGAGGUAGACGCGGACGGUCGCACCGCCCUCCACCACGCCGCGCUUUCAGACGACACCGAGGUUCUCCGCCAGCUCGCUGCCGGCGGCGGCGACGUCAACAAAGCGGACGAGGGUGGGUGGGCGCCUCUCCACGUCGCUGCGAGUGCUGGCCGCUUGUCGGCGGUGGAGGUGCUCCUCAUGAGCGGCGCAGACGUGGCGGCCUCGACGAGCGCGGGAGGGUCCGCCCUCACUUACGCGGCCUCCAAGGGCCACUUGGCAAUCGUCGCAGCUCUGCUCGAAGCUGGCGCCGACGUGCGGCACGCAGAUCGCGGAGGCUCAACACCGCUGCAUCGCGCGGCCUCGCGCGGCCACAUCGCGAUCCUGGAGCGACUGCUGGCCGCGAAGGGCGCGCGCGCCGCCCAGGAGAAGAAGGACAAAAUGGGCUUCACGCCGUUCCACGUUUCGGUCGUCGAGCAGCAGGAGGAAGCCCUGCUGCUCCUCGCGACGGCCGGCAGCGACGUCGAGACCGUCGACGCUGAGGGCGUCAAGGCGUCUGACUUGCUGCCCGAUCGGCUUCGCGCUCAGCUCCUGGAGGGAUGA